UUCACACACUUGAUUUAAGCCUAUGUUUUGUUAGAACAGGAGCUGAUGAUGAAGACUGCAAAAGGCUUUUGUGUUCUUUUCAUGCUGCAUCUGUGUUUCUUUGACUCUGGGAGGACUGGGAAAGUACUUGUAUGGCCCAUGGAUUUUAGUCACUGGAUCAAUUUAAAAGUUAUUCUGGAAGAGCUCCAUCUUCGUGGGCAUGAAAUAACCAUUCUGGUACCUUCACCAAGCCUUCUAAUGGAUCACACCAAGAUUCCCUUUAAUGUAGAGAUCCUUCAACUUCCAGUAACUAAGGAAACUCUCCUGGAAGAGCUCAAUACUGUUCUCUAUGUAGCUGCUUUUGAACUGCCAAAACUUUCAUGGUGGGACAUGCAAGUAAAACUAACAGAAAUGAGCAACCGUUUUUCAAGGACAGCCAAAAGAGUAUGUGACAGUGCUAUCACAAAUAAGGAGUUACUCAGCAGGCUACAGGCAGCUAAGUUUGAUAUCUGCAUUUCUGAUCCUUUAAGUUUUUGUGGGGAGUUGUUGGCUGAGCUUCUCGAUAUUCCAUUUGUAUACUCUUUUAGGUUUUCUUUCGGUAAUUUCAUUGAAAGACUGUGUGCUGGGCUUCCAACUUCUUCUUCUUAUGUUCCUGGUAGCACAUCAGGGCUGACAGACAACAUGACUUUUGUACAGAGGCUGAGGAAUUGGUUCUUGUAUGUAAUGAGUGGCGUGAUCUAUUCGUAUUUUCUACUUCCGGAAUGGAAUGAGUAUUAUAGCAAGGUUUUAGGAAAACCUACCACAGUAUGUGAGACUAUGGGGAAAGCUGAAAUGUGGUUGAUUCGAACUUCCUGGGAAUUUGAAUUUCCUUACCCUUAUCUACCUCACUUUGAAUUUGUUGGAGGACUACACUGCAAGCCUGCAAAGCCCCUCCCGAAGGAGUUAGAAGAGUUUGUCCAGAGCUCUGGAAAAGAUGGAGUUGUAAUAUUUACCCUGGGGUCAAUGAUCCACAAUCUCACAGAAGAAAAGUCUAACAUGAUUGCAUCAGCCCUUGCCCAGAUUCCACAGAAGGUUCUGUGGAGAUACACAGGAAAGAAACCAGAUACAUUAGGACCCAAUACACGGCUGUAUGACUGGAUUCCACAGAAUGAUCUUCUCGGUCAUCCCAAAACCAGAGCUUUUAUCACUCACUGUGGAACCAACGGGAUCUAUGAAGCUAUUUACCAUGGGGUCCCUAUGGUGGGAAUUCCCAUGUUUGGUGAUCAGGUUGAUAAUAUUGCUCGUAUAAAGGCCAAAGGGGCAGCUGUUGACGUAGACAUGCGUACAAUGACCAGUUCUGAUCUGCUUAAAGCUUUGAAGGCAGUCAUUAACAACCCUUCCUAUAAAGAGAAUGCUAUGAGGUUAUCAAGAAUUCACCACGAUCAGCCUGUGAAGCCCCUGGAUCGAGCAGUCUUCUGGAUUGAGUUUGUCAUGCGCCACAAAGGAGCCAAACACCUGCGGCCAGCCUCCUACAAUCUCACCUGGUACCAGUACCAUUCUUUGGAUGUGCUUGGGUUCCUGCUAGCCUGUGUGGCAACUAUUAUCUUUCUGGUCACAAAAUGUUGCCUGUUCUGUUGCUGGAAGUUUGGUAAGACAGGAAAGAAGAAAAAGAGAGAGUAGCUUCCCAUGAGUUUGUCUGGAAAUCUUGAUAGGGCCCAUCCAAAUUAAUCUAGCCAGUCACCUGAACAGAUUCCUCUACCACUCUUCCAAGUUCUUGUCCGUUCCUUGGCUUAUAAAGUCAGAGAUCAUAGAGUCCCCUAAGGAGUUUGCCACAUAAUUUAGAAUUAAGGUUUAAAAUAAUUUAGUCUUUAAAAAGAGGAGAUAAACAUAUAAAAGCAUGGGAGUUGCUACUAUUGAGAUCUUAGUGCUUUACUUUAUUCAUUUCAGUUCAGCAAACUGAGAUGCUAUUUGAGGCCUUAAGAAAAUAAUGAUUAAUUCUAUGUUCAAUAUCAAUCAUAUUGAACAUUUUCUAAAUAUUUAACAUCAUUUUCAUUCCCAUAUGUUAUAAUUACUGCAUAUUCUCGAAAACAAGAAGACAAGGAGUAGGAUGGAGCAAGCUGUAGCCAGAGUGUCCCUUCCAAUUACAAAUAUCAGGAGACUGUCAGGGUUUCUACUCUGCUGUGAAGUCUGUUUUAUGUCACCAAUUUACUUUCAUAUUACACGUCUGACUUUGUCCUCCUUGGAAUAUAAAACAUUAUUUUUUGUCUUCGAUUUGAAGAUUGCCUUUGAUUUGGAAACUAAUAGUGACAUUACUUGAUUUGUAUUGUAACACUUUGUGGCUCCAGAAAACUAGCUGAUUUUGACAAGUUGGCAUGAUUGAUGGUAUGGUGGAACAAAAGGAAAUUAUUGAAAUUCAAUACAUACCUUUUAAAGUCACUUAAAUUUAAAAAAGAAUUCUUUCCUACGUUAGUUUUACCUAUGAUAUCCAUAUUUGGAAAGAAGAGACAAAACUCCUAACUACACUGCAGAUACUUGGGUGGGAAAAAUGCAUUUCUCAGAGAUGCUAUUUGUUAUGGGGAUGAUUUCUCCAUCUAAUCAGGAACUCACUGAGUUUUACCAUUUCUUCAUCUUCCUUUCCUCUAUCACUUCUGCUCCUCUCAUGAACUCUACUGUGACCACUAUACCAGGCACAAGUAGUUAGGCUUCUUGUUAACUAGCGUUAGCAGAAAUCUGCAGUCAACUUAGAGACAUAAAUUGAAUUUUACUAGAAGUAAGGCUUUCUCUUCCUUUCUUUUCUAAAAAGACCCUCUUCAAAUAUAUUUUCCAAUUCUUCGCCCUUGAGUUCAAAGAAUCAUUCAAUCUAGCUGUGAUAGCAUGAUCUAUUAAGCGAGUUCAGUAAGUGAUUUACCACAGAGUUUGAUAUUUAUAACCCAAAGCUUAGCAGACCUACAAUUAUAGCUCUGUCUUAGAGAAAUAUGAAUCAUUAGGGGGAUGCCUGUUUUUUACAUGAAUACUAGCAGAAAUAAGAGGCAGAUAAAAAAUUUAUUCUUAGGAAAUUAAGUAUAAAGAAAUAUAGGAGAAAAAAGAUAUUUUCUCAAUUUAUGAAGAUUUGAAAUAAUUGAAUAAUUAUAAUGUUUUCAAGUAUAGAGUUAAAAAGUUUAAACACUAACGUUUCUGGGUUUAAUAUCUAAUUAAUGUAAUCAAAGCAAUAACUUACAAUGUUGCUGAAAUAUUAAUUCUGGCAAUAAGAUAAUGUUCUUUAAUAUAAUAGUCUUUAAAAUCAUAGCUUAAUACUUAGUUAUGUCAAAGUCUAGAUAUCCUUUCACUUUUUCAUUGCUUUAAAAUAAUGUAACAUAAAAGAAUUAAAGUAAACUCGAGAUUUGAUAUUUUGUUAGCAAUUUCUGAGUUUGUUCAAAAGAACUACCCUAAAAAUAGAUGAUAUAUCUUAUCUUGUAGAGACAAAAGCUUUUUUUAAAAACAAAUAUUUACCUAUUUAAUCAUGUAUGCAUCAUUAUAUUAAACAUAUUAACAUUCUAGUAAUAAUUUUUGAUAUACCGAGGCUAAACCUUUGUAAUGUAUUAUAUUUUAUCCUGUUUAAGUUUUAAUAAAAACACAAUUUUCAGGAGUUUAAUGACUUCUGACUUUCCUAUUCACUUAAAAUAACAUUUUAAAUACUUUAUCUUUGAACUACUUACAAUUCCUAUGUGACUGUAUUAUAAAAUUCUACUCAAGUUUCUUCUGCAUCAUAAAGUAACUGAAAAUAUAACAAGUAGAUGUAAAUAUUUUGUACACACUCACAUGAAAAUAUAUGUGAACAAAAAGUCGUGUUCUGCAUGUUAUGAAUAAAA